AUGUCAACUGAAAGUACUGAAAUUCAUGAAUUGCGUGAAGUUUUUGAUCUCUUGGAUGGUAAAACAGGAUUAGAUGUAGGCUUUCUAAGAGCAGCUGCAACUUGUAUGGAUAUACCACUAGAUAAUUCUGUAAUUGGACGCUUAAAUACAUUAGCUGAAGAAUCUGGUGGGAAACUAGAUUUUGCAGGUUUUGUGACCCUAGUUAAUAAUGGUCCAGAAGCUAAAGUAUUUACAGUGGAAGAUGCUGUUAAUGUAUUCUCUUACCUAGAUGUAAAGAAGACAGGAACAAUUGACUUGGAUGACUUAACUUCUUGUGCAACACACUUAGGAUUAACUAAAACAAAGGAGGAAUUACAAACUAUGCUUACUAAUCUGGAUAGCGAUGGAGACAAUGCUCUUUCACCUGAUGAUAUCUUGACAGCCUUGUACCGUUACUCAGAAAGGUGUUAG